AUGGCUGCCAAUGACACUUCGGACAGCGUUUGUCCAACGCUUCGCGACGAACCUCUCCAUGACGAAAAGACUCGCGACGAUGCAGCUUCAGCGCUAAGCCAAGGCGUCAAUGAUGAAGAGAACCAGGCUUGUUCGACAAAUGACUUGGAAGAACCUCCCGAUGGCGGACUGCAGGCUUGGUUACAGGUCGUGACAGGUCAUCUCGUCGCUUUCAACUCGUGGGGCUAUCUCAUCAGCUUUGGUAUCUUUCAACCGUACUACGAGGAGCAAUUCAGCCUUCCUCCGUCGACGGUGUCAUGGGUAGGCAGUCUCGAAGUCUGUCUCAUCUUUCUAAUUGGAACAUUCUCUGGUCGAGCCUUCGACGCUGGCUACUACCGCGUCGCAUUGGCCGUGGGCUUGUUUCUCCAGAUACUAGGCAUCUUCAUGACGAGCAUCGCAUCUGCAUAUUGGCAGGUCCUUCUCGCACAGGGGAUCUGUCAAGGCGUAGGCAAUGGCAUUAUCUUUGCGCCGACAAUCGCCAACAUUUCGACGUACUUUACCACAAAGAAGACGAUAGCCAUCUCAGCAGGCGCCUGCGGUGCUGCCACAGGAGGAAUGGUGUUCCCGUUGAUUGCGCAGCAACUUCUUCCCAAGAUUGGAUUCCGUUGGACGGUGCGUGUGAUGGGACUGGUAGUUGCCGUGGCUUCUAUGAUUAUAAUGAUCAUUGCAAAAACGAGGUUGAAGGCCAGAAAAGCUGGGCCGUUGGUUGAAUGGGCUGCGUUCAAGGAACCGGCAUAUGUCUUGUUUGCAGCGGCUAUGUUCUUCACCUUGUGGCCAACAUGGAUCUCAUACAACUACGCCCGACAGUACGCAACAGACAAACUGGGCGGUUCAGCCACAGACUCAUUCCUCAUGCUCAUCGCCAUCAACGCCGUCGGCAUCCCAGGCAGAAUGAUAACAGCCUUCCUGGCCGACCGCUACUUCGGCGCCAUAAACGUCUUCAUCCCCACGAUAUUCUCCGCCGCGCUUUGUCUGUAUAUGUGGUCGCAGGUGCACACGUUGACUGGCGGUUUUGUAUGGGUCAGCAUAUUCGGGUACUUUGGCGCCGCGAUUCAAAGCCUGUUUCCCUCGUGCUGUGCGAGCUUGACUUCGGAUCUAAGCAAAGCAGGAACUAGAAUCGGCAUGAUCUUUUCGAUUAUUAGUUUUGCGGCGUUGACAGGUUCGCCGCUGGCGGGGAAGUUGAUGCAGGCGACGGGAGGCAAUUAUUUGGCUGCGCAAAUCUGGGGUGGAAGUAGUAUGAUACUGGGCAUGUGUUUGCUAUAUGCUGCUAGAAGGGCUCAAGGUAGACAAAAGUUAUAG